GCCAUCCGCCAUAUUAAUUGUUCAUUUCUAUUUUCUUGCACUUUCAAGCAUACCUGCAAGUUUAUACUUUACAACAUACUCGUUAUUUUUUACGAAAUCGAUGUUUGUAAGUUUGCGAAGUUUAAUUCUAUAAAUAAGGCAGUGUUAUUGAAAAAUUUCAGUCCUCCGAAUCCAGGAUGGCGGAAGAUUUUGAUGUAGAAGCUAUGCUUGAGGCCCCAUACAUUAAAUCGGAUAAUUCGUCUACGAAGCAUCGAUCGGACAAGUAUUCUGAUAAGCACAGGGACAGGGAAAAGGAUGGUGGAAGAAGACGCAGUAGAUCAAGGGAUAGAAGAAGAUCGCGUGACAGAGAAAUUCGGCGUUCAAGAGACAAAGAUGACAAGAGGGACAGAGACGACAAGAGGGACAGAGAGCGUGACAAGGACAGGGGGGAGCGUAGAGACCGCGAUAAAGACCGAAGUUAUAAAGACAAAGAGCGAGAACGUGAUAGGGAAGGGAGAGAAAGGGAUCGCGAUAAAGAUAAAGAAAAGAGGCGAAGCAAGGAAAGACAGAGAAGUCGGGAAAGAGAAAGUAGCCGGAGUCAUUCGCACAAAAGUGAAAAGAGUAAAGAAGAAGAACCUAGAAAAGAAGAAUACCGAUCAAAAUCAAGAGGUAUUGAACCAAAACUAGAUGACCUACCUCCAGAAGAAAGAGAUUUACGUACAGUAUUCUGUAUGCAGUUAUCUCAAAGAAUUAGAGCUAAAGACUUAGAAGAAUUUUUCUCAUCUGUAGGAAAAGUAAGGGAUGUAAGACUCAUAACUUGUAACAAGACAAGACGGUUUAAAGGAAUUGCAUACAUUGAGUUUAAAGAUGCUGAAUCUGUACCAUUAGCUCUAGGAUUAACUGGCCAAAAACUACUAGGUGUUCCUAUUAUUGUACAACACACACAAGCAGAGAAGAACAGAGUGGGUAACUCUUUACCAAACUUAGCACCAAAGGCAAGCAAUGGUCCUACAAGACUAUAUGUAGGCUCAUUACACUUUAAUAUAACAGAAGAUAUGUUAAGAGGAAUUUUUGAACCAUUCGGAAAGAUUGACCAUAUUCAACUUAUGACUGAUCCAGAUACAGGGAAGAGCAAAGGAUAUGGCUUUCUAACAUUCCACAAUGCCACAGAUGCCAAAAAAGCAAUGGAGCAGUUAAAUGGGUUUGAACUAGCUGGUCGACCAAUGAAGGUUGGAAAUGUAACUGAAAGGGCCGAUGGUGGCUCUAACACUCGCUUUGAUGCUGAUGAACUGGAUCGUGCUGGAGUUGAUCUUGGUGCUACAGGACGGUUACAGCUGAUGUUCAAAUUGGCUGAAGGCACCGGCCUACAGAUCCCUCCUGCAGCAGCGUCAGUGCUGAUGGGUGCAGGCACUGCCUUAGCCACACAGCCACAGAUUACGCCACCUAUAGCCACGCAAUGCUUCAUGCUGAAUAACAUGUUUGAUCCAGCCACGGAAACAAACCCCAGCUGGGACAUUGAAAUCCGAGAUGAUGUCAUCAGCGAAUGCAAUAAGCACGGUGGUGUCCUACACGUAUACGUGGAUAAAGCAUCACCCCAAGGCAACGUAUAUUGCAAAUGUCCAACAAUAGCAACCGCUGUGGCGUCGGUCAACACGCUACACGGAAGAUGGUUCGCCGGACGCGUUAUUACCGCGGCGUACGUCCCGCUUGUCAAUUACCAUUCUCUGUUCCCUGACGCCAUGACCGCUCUAUCACUGUUGUUGCCCACGCGGCAAAGAUAAGCAUUUAUAUGGAAAUGUGAUCCAUUGUUUUAUUCUAAUUUAAUAAAAUAUAUACUUAGUA